CCGCCUUGCUCCAUAUCCAUCAAUGAUAUGCAUAACAAAAAAUCUCACGUGUUCACCGGUGCAUCAAUUUAGAUCGUACCAAACGCAGAUCCACAAAGAAGGCGGGUGAAAGUAAAUCAGUGGUAAGUACUCCUGUUUGAAGAAAUACCCUCUCCAACUAUAGUAUAUAUACCCACCUUUGAAGAAGGGUAGACAUCAGUACGUUUGAAUCUCAAAAUAGAAAUGAAGCCUUUUCUGAUUGGAACGAUAGUUUUAGCAGUCGCCGCAGUAGCCACAUGCGGCGAGGCUACAAAAAAGAAGAAUGAAAAGCGAGGCAUUUUUUCCAGCGAUAUCGGAAGCGGUUACGGAGGCGGUCAUGGGGGUGGCAUAGCACUUGAACUUGAUGGCGGGCAUGGCUUAGGAGGCGGAAGUUUAGGAGGACAUGGAGGGGGUAUCAGUCUGGGCGGUGGUUAUGGAGGAGGUUAUGAAGGUGGACUUGGAGGAGGAUAUGGCGGAGGACUUGGAGGAGGACUUGGAGGAGGACUAGGAGGAGGAUUAGGAUUAGGAGGAGGAUUAGGUGGAGGAGGAGGUGGUGGUGCUACUAUUACUACCAUAAACAGAGCAGUACCUGUUCCUGUACCUCAACCUUAUCCAGUUACUGUCAAUAGACCAGUUCCAGUUCCAGUACCACAACCUGUCGAAGUUCCAGUCCCCAGACCAGUUCAAGUUCCAGUUCCAGUUGCUCAACCUGUUGAAGUUCCCAGACCGUACCCUGUUGUAGUAAAUCGUCCAGUACCUGUAGCCGUUCCGACUCCAGUACGUGUACCAGUUCCACAACCCGUUGCUGUUCCAGUGCCACAACCUUAUCCAGUUACAGUACCACAACCUGUUCCAGUUAGGGUACCCCAAACUAUUGUAGUACCAGUUGCUCAACCCAUUGUUGUUGGAGGCGGUGGUGGUGGACUUGGAGGUGGACUUGGAAGUGGAUUAGGAGGUGGAAUUGGCGGUGGAUAUGGAGGUGGACUUGGCGGUGGAUAUGGAGGUGGACUUGGUGGUGGAUUGGGAGGACAUGGAUCUCUUGGAAGCGGAUUAGGAGGAGGACACGGUCUCAUCAGUAGUGGUUUGGACCACGGAUCUCUUGGAGGGAGCUAUUCUCUUGGAGGACAUGGUGGAAGCCUAGGAGGUAUUUCCUUGGGCAGUAGUCAUGGUUAUGGAGGUGGAUAUGGAGGAGGAUCUUCAAUCUCUAUUGGAAAAUCAAUUUCCCUUGGAUCUGGAGGCCACGGUGGUGGAGCUACCAGUUACUCCAGUAUUUCGCAUGGACAUUCCAAAUAUUAUAGAAGGUUAGAUCGCGAGUAUUUAAGUAAAAUGUCUGAAGUCGGUGAAGCUAGUGCUAAGUGUAAAACACGUGUACAUUUAUCUGAUGAUGCCAAAGAAAUUAUUAGGAAUGUUUAUCAAACUGUGAAAGAAGACAAUCCAAAUCCAGAAGACGGUAAAUUCCUCAUCAAGACAACAUCUCGACUGACAAGGAUGCCAUAUACAACAGUGUGGAAAAUUGUUACGAAUAGAAUUCAACCUCGUAAAAAGCUGAGUGACUUUUCUACACAUAAAGCAGUAAAUGAAAAAGAUGCUGAGGUAAUUAUAAGAGCAAUUUACAAUUUCUAUUCAAAGAACCUAGUUCCAACGCUUAGUAUGAUCUACGAUCAACUUGUUAAAGGCUAUUCCAUUACGUAUUCGCCUUCAACUUUAUCAAGAUUUUUGAAUCACAUUGGUUUUCGAUACAAGAAAAUUAAUAAGCGAUCAUCAAUAAUGGAUUCUCCUCGUCUAAUUAAAUGGAGAAAUGAAUACUUGGAUGCUAUAUCUAAAUUUAGAGAUGAAGGAAGACCGAUAUUUUAUCUAGAUGAAACAUGGUUCGAUACCCACGAUACUGCUCAAAAAGGUUGGACAGACGAUUCUAUUAAAUGUGCACCCAAUUAUCCAAUUAAUAGAGGUCAGCGAAUAAUUAUUCUGAAAAUUGGAUCCAAAAAUGGCUGGCUUGGAGGGGAAAGUUUUUUACUAUCGGCAAAAAACAUUAAAGAUUCAAAGCUGGACUACCAUGAAAAUAUGACGAGUAGCUUGUUGAAGGAAUGGUUUGAAAAGAAGGUGUUGCCAAAUUUGUCUCCAAAAAGUGUAAUUGUAUUGGAUAACGCAGCGUAUCACAGCGAACAAAUUAGAAAAAUCCCCGGUGUAGGUUCGACAAAAAAACAGAUAUCUGAUUUUUUGUAUGACAGUGAUUUGCACUUUGAAGAAACAUAUACAAAAAAAGAAAUGUUGGAAGUUCUUCACACAAAAGUGUUUGAGAAACAAUUUGUUAUAGACGAAUUAGCCAAACGUGAUGGUCAUAAUAUUGGAACGAUAGUUUUAGCAGUCGCCGCAGUAGCCACAUGCGGCGAGGCUACAAAAAAGAAGAAUGAAAAGCGAGGCAUUUUUUCCAGCGAUAUCGGAAGCGGUUACGGAGGCGGUCAUGGGGGUAUAGCACUUGAACUUGAUGGCGGGCAUGGCUUAGGAGGCGGAAGUUUGGGAGGACAUGGAGGUGGAAUCAGUCUGGGCGGUGGUUAUGGAGGAGGUUAUGAAGGUGGACUUGGAGGAGGAUAUGGAGGAGGACUUGGAGGAGGACUAGGAGGAGGACUUGGAGGAGGACUAGGAGGAGGAUUAGGAUUAGGAGGAGGAUUAGGUGGAGGGGGAGGUGGUGGUGCUACUGUUACUACCAUAAACAGAGCAGUACCUGUUCCUGUACCUCAACCUUAUCCAGUUACUGUCAAUAGACCAGUUCCAGUUCCAGUACCACAACCUGUCGAAGUUCCAGUCCCCAGACCAGUCCAAGUUCCAGUUCCAGUUGCUCAACCUGUUGAAAUACCCAGACCGUACCCUGUUGUAGUAAAUCGUCCAGUACCUGUAGCCCUUCCAACUCCAGUACGUGUACCAGUUCCACAACCUGUCGCUGUUCCAGUGCCACAACCUUAUCCAGUUACAGUACCACAACCUGUUCCAGUUAGAGUACCCCAAACUAUUGUAGUACCAGUUGCUCAACCCAUUGUUGUUGGAGGCGGUGGUGGUGGACUUGGAGGUGGACUUGGAAGUGGAUUAGGAGGUGGAAUUGGCGGUGGAUAUGGAGGUGAACUUGGUGGUGGAUAUGGAGAGGGACUUGGUGGUGGAUCGGGAGGACAUGGGUCUCUUGGAGGUGGAUUAGGAGGAGGACACGGUCUCAUCAGUAGUGGUUUGGACCACGGAUUUCUUGGAGGGAGCUAUUCUCUUGGAGGACACGGUGGAAGCCUAGGAGGUAUUUCCUUAAGCAGUAGUCAUGGUUAUAGAGGUGGAUAUCGAGGAGGAUCUUCAAUCUCUAUUGGAAAAUCAAUUUCCCUUGGAUCUGGAGGCCAUGGUGGUGGAGCUACCAGUUACUCCAGUAUUUCGCAUGGACAUUCCAAAUAUUAGAAAAUUAAGAGACUAGCAAAUGCGUAUAAAAGUUAUUGAAAAAUUGUUUAAAUUAGUACUCGACUAAUUAUUGUGAUAAAAGAUUUUUAUAUUGUUAUAGUAUGUGUGUAUAUAUUUUUUUACAAAAAAUAAAUAAACCAAUAAUUAUUUAUCAGAAU